UCAUGUUUUGUAUCUUUUGUGUUUAUUUUGUAAUUGUUCAUGCAAAAAGGGAGUGCUUGGAAGUGUUUAUUUCAUUAAGUGCAAAGCAUAACUUAUAUCAAUAAACCGGCAUAAGUUCUAGAACGAUUUUAGUGCAGAACUGUAUAAGUAAUGUAAAACCCGGGACUUAAAAAUAAAUAACGUUAGAAACAGAGUAAAAAUGUAUAAUUCACAGGGUUAAGUGCACAUAAGGGUACGAAUAUACACAGGUGAUGUUUUUGAAGUGACAAUGGCCAAUGCAACGCUUGAUGACUACCCCACUGGGAGUGUGCCUCUACAUUAUUAUACCGGCUCUACGAACCAUCACAAACCUCUAGAGCCUACAGCACCUCCUCCUACCUACGAUGAACUGUUCGCAGAGAAGCCGGUAUCGAAUAAGGAACACUUCGAGGCCACCCCUCUGCAUGGGCCCCACCAGUCUACCACCGAAAUCCCAGACCCUGAUUCAAACAAUGUCUCUGCUCUAAAUCCCGUACAGAAUGACGAUGAUGACGAUUGUCGAUGCAACGAUCCCAUCUCGAUUCUGCUGAACUUCGCAUUUCUGUGUUUUGCGAUAUGUGUGAUCGUGGUCCCGUGUGCUGUUAUAUCCGUACCAAUACUGUUGUUGGUAUUCGGAGGUAUUUAUUUCAACGAAUGUCCGGGAGAGAGCAGGUUGCCUGUCUGCCUUGUGGUAGGCGGGGUACUAGCGCUGCUCAAGAUCGUGUCCUUGUGCGUUCAGAUGUGCUUUGAUCAAGACAGGAUGGAUUACAAAGUGUGCUGCCUAAACCCUUUUGAUUUCCUGGUUAACCUUGCCAUACUCGGAGAUUUUAUUGCAUGUAACGUGUUCACCCACAGGUAUCACGGGCGACUAGAGCACAACGAGGCCAAACCCGGCUACUGUAACUCCCACGUUUUCUACUUCUCCUACUGGCUGCUUAUCUCACUCUACAUUCUCGCUGGUCUACUGAUUAUUGCGAGCUUGUAUGUUUUCAAGAGGAAAGAAAGCCCCAAACAUUGUGACAACUCUGACACUGAGAGAGGAACAUGAGUAUUCUGUUAACGCCGAUGCAGUACCCGAUGACUACCCCAUGGAAAUUGAUCCUCCAGAGUAUUCCAGUGUCUCUACAAGUUACCACAGACAUGAGCCUACAGACCCUCCGCCAUCUUAUGAUGAGCUUUACAGGGAUAGGCCGGUAGCGCACAGGAGUUCUGAGUCCACGAUCUCUACCGCCGAGAACCCAGACCCAGACCCUGUCACUGUUGCAAAUCCAGACUCAGACCUAGACCAAGAUUUAGACAGAAUAACUGCUGCAUAUCCCGUCCAAAGUGGUGAUGAUGGUCAUUCCUGUCGGUGCAACGACAUUAUAUCGUGUUGGCAGAAAUUCCCAUUUCUCUGUGUAAUCUGUGGGAUCGUGGUGCCGUUUGCUGGUAUAGUUUUGGCAAUAGUGUAUAUUGGUUACCUUUUUUGAGUAUCACAUCCUAUUUAACUGAGGAGUGGCAAUAGUGUAUAUUGGUUACCUUUUUGAGUAUCACAUCAUAUUUAACUGAGGAGUGGCAAUAGUGUAUAUUGGUAACCUUUUGUGAGUAUCACAUCAUCUGUAACUGCGGAGUGGCAAUAGUGUAUAUUAGUUGCCUUUUGUAAGUAUCACAUCAUAUUUAACUGAGGAGUGGCAAUAGUGUAUAUUGGUUAACUUUUGUGAGUAUCACAUAAUCUGUAACUGCGGAGUGGCAAUAGUGUAUAUUAGUUGCCUUUUGUAAGUAUCACAUCAUAUUUAACUGAGGAGUGGCAAUAGUGUAUAUUGGUUAACUUUUGUGAGUAUCACAUCAUAUUUAAUUGUGGAGAAGUCCAUAAAUGUUGUGUUAUAUGUUUCCAUGUUUUGUAAACAAAUUAAAACUGUAUUAUAUGUCUCAAAAUUGCUCCGGUCGUUAAACUUGAACUGUUUAACAUUCUCCAUUGACAGUAAUCAACAGAAUAUUAUGUUAUAAUAAAAUAUCACUGUGGUGUUAUAGGGACAACCAAAGCCUUUGAAUAUGACAAUAGACAAAUAUAAAAAAGAAUGAGAUUCAUAGGAAUCUCUUGUUUCACCAAACAAGCUUUUUUAAAGUUUACCUUCGGCCGAAAACAGAGGGAGGAACAUGUAUAUUAUGGCGACCUUACAUGUGUUUUGUAAAUUAUGUGCGUCUCAAAGGGAACUGACGAAAACAUAAAUAUUUCUUGUAUAUUAUUUUAAAGCAAGAUUUGCCAGGAGCAUAACUCCAUAAUUAUUUAAAGUAUUUCAUUUUACCAAAGAACUUUUAAUGGUUGCAAUGUGGAACUGUACAGCGUAGUCGUAUGCCCUUAGUUGCCAAGUAUUCUUUGUAAACAAUUUAUUUUAAAUUCGAAAUAUUGUCCAGAGCAUAUUUCAUAAACUGAUAAAAGGAAUUGGAUAAAGCCUGAAACAUUUACAGCUGACAGUGUGAACUUGUGCACAGCACUUGUUAUGUUUUUGAAUUUUAUUUUCUCAGAUAUACAUGUAGAUCAUGCAUAUAUUGAUAAUGUAUACAAAAGUCAUGUAACGAAAUAAAUUGAGGAAGUAUU